AUGUCUUCAUUACAUAUCUCAAUACUUUUUACUUUAUUGACAAUUAUAAUUGCCGAUAAUAAAACGUUUUAUUUCACAAAAUCAAAUUAUGAAUUAUGGUGUCAAGAAAAUAUUCUAUCAAAUUCAUUAUUUCUCUAUCCAAAUCGAAUACCAAUAGGUAUAUAUCGUACAUCAAAUAUUAAAUCUGUUAUUUAUUAUCUUAUUGAUGAUAAUAAUAAUGGUUUAUUUCAAAUAAAAACUAAACGUUUAGCUGACUUUUAUUUUCUUAUUAUUAAUAUAACACGUCCAUUUGAUAUUAAUAGAGAAUAUCAAGAUGUUUAUACACUACGUAUUGAAGCAAAUAUUGUCACAACACAAGAAAAUCUUACUGAACAAACAGAAGUUCGUCUUUAUGUUGCUGAUUCGAAUGAUAAUGAUGGAGUAUUUGAUAUGGAUAUCUACGAACAAAAUUAUACCCAAAUAAUUGACAUUGGUCAAUCAUUGAUACAAUUUCAUGCGAGUGAUGCUGAUGAAAUUCAACAUGCACAAAUAUUUUAUGAAUUAGCAUCAUCUUUAAAUGAAACAUUUUCUUUACAUCCAUAUACAGGUGAAUUAUAUUUAAUAAGUAAAGAAAAUUUAAAAUCUACAUAUGAAUUUGAUAUCUAUGCAUAUGAUCGUUAUCGUAAACGUCUUGUUGAUAAUAAUAUGAAAACUAAAACACAUGUUAAAUUAAAUUUUAAUCAAAUAAAUUUUUUAAAUAAUAAUUUUAAUGAAACUUUUGAAACAAUAUUUAAUCAAACAAUUCAAUAUGAAAAAUUAAUAACAACAUAUGAUAUUGAAAUAAAUGAAAGAAAAUCAUUUCAUUUAUUAAAUAUUCAUCAACCAAUAAUAACAAUAAAUAUAAAAAAUUUUAAUGAAAAAUUUUUUGAAAUUUUUCUAUUAAAAAAUUCAUCAUUAAAUACAAAAAAUUUAUUUAUUUAUAAUAAUAAUAUUUAUUUAAAUAAAUAUUUAAUUGAAGAAUAUAAUUUACAAUUAUUUAUUUGUUUUAAUCAUGGUUAUGAAUGUCAAUAUAUAAAAUAUCGUUAUAUACCAUUAAUUGAUUUUAAUUAUUAUCAAUUUCAUUUUAAAACAAUGAAAAAAAUUUAUUUAGAUGAAAAUUUACCUGUUGAUUCAUUUAUAACACAUAUACAAAUUGAUUAUAAUCAAAUUUCAUAUCAACAAUCAUUAAUUAUAAAUUAUAAAUUAUUAAAUGAUGAUAUUUAUUAUCAAUUUUAUAUUAAUUCUAAAACCGGUAUAUUACGUCUUGCUGAACGUUUAGAAUAUCGAAUAUAUACACUUGAUAUACAAGCUAAUAUACAUUUAUUUAAUCGUCGUUAUUCAAUUGAAACAACAAUAGAAAUACAUGUACGAGAAAUAAAUAAAUAUCGUCCAAUAUUUCGUAAUAAUACACCAACAGAUUUAUUUCAAUUACCAUAUCAAUUUGAAGCAUAUGAUUAUGAUCAAAAUAAACAAACAAAUGGACGUAUAACAUAUCAUUUAUGGAAUUGUUAUAAUAAUUGUCCAUUUCAUAUUGAUCCAAAUAAUGGUAUAUUAAAUUUAAAGAAAAAUCAAGAAAAUUUUGAUAGAAAUAUUAUUUAUUAUUUACGAAUUAUUGUAUUUGAUUGGGGACAACCAAUUAGUUUUCAAAGUAAUCUUGAUAUUCGAAUUGAUUUAUCAUCAAGAUUAAGUAAAAGAUCUUUACAAAGAACACGUGCAUAUUCAAGACGAUGGCGAAAAAAGUCAACAUCUCUAUUAUUAACAACAACAUCAACAACAACAAUGAUUACAGAACUAAGUACAUAUAAGACAACUGUACCUUCACAUAUCGAUACUGUUUAUUUAAAUGUUGGUUUUCGUCAAAAUUUGACAACAUAUUAUAUAUCAGAAGAUAUUGAAAUAAAUACAAUAAUUGAUCGUUUAAAAAUUGAAUAUGAUUCAUUUCCAUUGAAUAUAAAUAAUGAUAAUGAUAAUAUAUUUUUCUAUAAUAUAAAUGAUACAAAUGUACCAUUUAUAAUUGAUCAAAAUGAAAAAUAUUUAAAAUUAAUUGAUAAAAUUGAUCGUGAAAAACAAACAAAAUAUAUAUUUGAAAUCGAACUUAAAUUAAAAUCAAUUUAUUCAAUUAAAUUACAAGAACAAUAUUAUUGUCAAAAGAAAAAUUUAUUUAUUAAUUUUCAAUAUACAAAUAAAUAUUAUCAAAAAAUGUUAAUUAUUAUUUAUAUUAAUGAUAUUAAUGAUAAUAUACCAAUAUGUAAUCAUUUUCAUACACAUAUAAAAUUAAAUGAAAAUGAAAUACAAAAAAAUAUUUAUCAAAUUCAAGCAUAUGAUCCUGAUUUAGGUGAAAAUGGUACAAUAAAUUAUUCUUUACUUGAUUAUAAUCAAUAUUUUUCUAUAAAUUCUUUAACAGGACAAAUUGAUUGUAUAAAAUCAAUAGAUUAUGAAGAAUAUAGAUCUAUUGAUUUACAUAUAAUCGCAUCUGAUCAAGGUUCACAAAUUCAAUAUCAAACAAUAUGUACAACAGUUCAUAUUACAAUAAAUGAUCUUAAUGAUAAUAUACCACGAUUUUUAUUAGAUAAUUAUAUAUUUUAUCUUUUUUCUGAUAUGCCACGUUAUUCAAUAUUUGGACAAAUUAUUGCAAUAGAUUUUGAUAAAAAUGAUCAAUUAAUUUAUUCAAUUAAUCCAAAUCCAUAUAUAACAAUAAAUAUGUAUACAGGUCAUUUACGUUUAAAACAUAAUUUACAUCGUUUACUUGAUCAAAUCUUAAAUGUAACUGUUCAAGUAUCAGAUGGUUUACAUAAAAAUGAAACUUUAAUAUCAAUUUAUAUUAAAUCAUUUCCUGAUGCACAACAACCAAUACUUUUAUCUGAACCAGCAUUUGGUAUAACAAUAAAUGAAUCAUUACCUAUUGAUUCAACAAUAACAAAUAUUUAUCGUCGAUUUCAAAUUCUUUCAUCAACUAUUGAUUUUAUUGAAAUAAUUCAUGAUGAAAUAAAAUUACCAUUUUCAAUUGAUCAACAAGGUUAUCUUCGUUUAACACAUUCUUUAAUCGGUUUAAUACAAUCAUCAUAUUGGUUACCAAUACGUUUAACACGUUAUCGUGCUCAUCCACCACAUACAUAUGUUCAUAUACACAUAUCAAUUCGACAAGAAAAUUUUUAUUUACCACAAUGUAUUAAUAUAUAUCAAAAUGUAAAAAUAUAUGAUUAUUUAAUUGAAUAUCCAUUUGCACGUAUUGAAGCUACAACAAUAAAUAAAAAUUCAUUUAUUGAAUAUACAAUUAUUGAUAAUGAUAAAAAUGAUAAAAUAUUUUCAAUUGAUAAACAAAAAGGUUUUAUACAAUUAUUAACAACAAUACAAAAUAAUCGUCGAUUAAAAUCUGAUUAUUUAUUAAUAAUAAAUGCAUUAGAUAAUCAAUAUAAAUUAUCAGUUAAUUGUUAUUUAAAAAUUCAUCUUAUAAGACGACAACAAUUAAUACCUAAAUUUAUUUAUUCAUCUAUUUAUAAUAUUGAUUUACCUGAAAUACAAUAUCAUAGUGGACGAUUAAGACAACGUUUAUUUCAAAUUAUUGCAUUAUUAGAUACUCAUGUUUAUGAUAAAAAACUUGAAAUACGUUAUAGAAUUGUUGAUUCAAAUCAACAUUUUAUUAUUAAUCGUCAAACUGGAUAUAUUGCUGCAAAACAACCAUUAAAUCCUUAUACAAUAUAUGAAUUUCAUGUUCAAGCAUUUACAGUUGCACAUCAAGAUGAUAUAUUAUCUGAUGGAAAUGAAAAUGAUGAUGAUGAAAAUUCUUAUCAAAGUAAAUCACGUAUAGUUUCACCACGUAAAAUUUUACCAAUAAAAAUUCGUAUAUUACCAAUGAUAUCACUUAAUAAAUCAUUAUUAUCAACAAUUGAUUCAACAAUAAAUAUUGAUAUAUUAAAAACAACUGAAGUUGGUUCAACAAUUUUACAUCUUGGUUUAAAUAAUCGUUAUAAUAAUACACAAUGGUUUAUUAUGAUUGGACAUAUACGUCAUACAAGAUAUUUUCAUGUAGAUUUUCAAACAGGUCAUUUAAUACUUAUACGUCCUAUUGAAGAAUUAAUAAAUCAAACAAAUAUAAUUGAACUUCGUAUUAAUGUAACUAAUGAUUGGAUUAAUAUGAAUACAAUUAAAGUUAUUGUUCGUAUUGUAAAUAAUCGAAUUCCAUCAAUUGACUUUGCUCAAAAAGAUUAUUAUAGUUCAAUAUCAAAAAAUAUUCCAAUUGGUGCUGAAAUAGCACGUUUAACAAUUGAAAAUUCGUCAGAUGAUUGUAUUUAUUCAAUUGAUUCAGUUGAAAGAAUAAAAUCUUAUGAUUUAUUUCGUAUUAAUUCAUAUACAGGUUCAAUAACUGUUAGUAAUUCAUUAGUAAAUUCACCAAGUCAUACACAUCUAUUAAAAAUUAUCUAUCGUUGUGAACAUAAUUAUCAUAUAGCACAUACAAAUUUACAUAUAAAUAUACUUGAUGAAAAAAAUUCAUUAAAUCAAACAAAUAAAUCAUUUCGUUUUAGUCAAGAAAAUUAUUUAAUUAUUUUUGAAACUUCACUAAUUAAAAAUCGUAGAAAAUAUUUAAUGGAUUUUGAAUUAAUUAGUAAUAAUGAUCAUCAAAUAAGAAUAAAACCUGAUGCAAAAAUUCUUCAAGGUGAUCCAUUAGGUUUAUUUUCAAUUGAUUCAACUAAUCAAUCACUUAUUCUUCUUGAUGAAUCACUUGCUCGUUCAUAUAUUUAUCCAAUAACUUUAACCAUAAUUGAUAUAUCACAAAAUGAAUUAAUUAAUGCAACCAUAACAAUUUUUAUAUCAAAUAUUGGUAUACAUUUUCCAUGUCCAUCUUAUCUAAAAUCUUCACCAUAUAUAUUUACUUAUGAAUCUUUAUCAUCAAAAAAUCUUGAUUCUUCAACUAAUUAUGAAUCUAAAUCAAUAAUUAUUCGUGCAUUUGAUCCAUUUACAUCAAUAAAUGGUGAAGCAUCAAAUCAAGCUGAAUGUAUAAUUAAUAAUGAUAUUGAAUAUUCAAAUGAUUUUCAAAUAUAUAAUCAUAAUUUUAUAUUUGAUAAUGAAUUUUUAAUUGGUUAUAUAAAUGAUACAUUUGGUUUAUCAUCAUAUAUCUAUAAUUUAAAACAAGAACCUAUACAAAUACAAAUAAAUAAAAAUAAAUAUUCUCAUAUAAAUUUAUUUGAUAUAAAAUAUUAUUUAUUAAAUUCAUUAAAUAAAAAUUUCUUUCAAUUAGAUGAAUAUUCUGGUUUAAUUAAAUAUAAUUCAUUAAAUAAUUUACAAUAUAAAAAAUAUUCAUUAAUUGUUUAUGCUAAAUAUCAAACAUUAAUAACAUUUAUACGUUUAAAUAUAUUAAUUAAUAAUAAAAAUUUUAAUAGAAAAAAUUUAUUACAAUCAAUAUAUGAAUUUAAAUUAUAUAUACCAUUUGUUAAUAAUUAUACAAUUGGUUAUAUUAAUACAAAAAAUCAAAAUUUAAUUAUAUUAAAUGAAAAUAUUUUACCAAUAAUAUCAAUUGAUUAUACAGGAAGAUUAUUUAUUAAAAAUCGUACAUUAUUAUUAUUAAAUGGAAAUUUUUAUGAUUUUCUUAUACAAAAUGAUGAUUUAGAAAUAAUUCGUAUACAAAUUUUAAUAUUACAACAACGUGAAUAUAUAUAUGAAUGUAAUUUAAAUUAUUUAUAUGAUAUUAAUGAUCAACAAUUAAUUGGUUUUAUUAAUAUAUUAAAUAAAAAUAAUAAUAAUCAAACUGUAUCAAUGUGUUAUGAAAAAUCUUAUUAUCUUUUAAAUUAUAAUCAUUUAUUUCUACUUGAUCGUCAACAUGGAUUAUUAUAUUAUAAAUAUCAAAAUCAAACAAUUAAUGAAGAUUUAUUACUUUUAAUACAAAUUGAUAAUUCACGAUGUUUAAUUACAGUUGAAAAAGAUGUUUUACAAAUAUCAUAUAUGAUGAUUAGAAAUGGAAGUCAAUUACAUAUUGAUAUGAAAGAAAAAUAUCAUAUUGAAAAGUCUUCCGGACAAAUAAAACUACAUAAUAAUACAAUAAUAAAUUAUGAUAUAAUUCCAUCUCAAUCACCAAUAUUUUCAAAAACAUCCUAUGAAUUUAUAUUAAAUAUUACAAAUACAACAAAUGAAAAAGUUUUUAUCGGUCAAAUAUCUGCUCAACCCUAUAAUAUAAAUCGUAGUCAUCUGAUUUAUAAAUUUCUUAAUCGAAAUAAAUAUUUUCAUAUUAAUCAUACUAAUGGUAUUAUUGAAUAUAUACCAUCAAAAUUUUAUAAUAAAACAAUUGAAUAUAUUGAAAUUGUUGCAUAUGAUUUAAUUUAUAAUCAAAGUACAAUAAUUAAUAUAACUAUUUAUAUAAAUAAACAAAAUUUUACAACAAUAAUUUAUCAUAAAACUUUAUCUGAAAUUCUUCCACCUGGUUCAUUAAUAUUUCAAACAAAUUAUUCUCUUGAAGAAAAUUUUCAUUAUUCUCUUCAUGAUUAUAAUUCAAAUUUAUUUAUAAUAAAUUCAACAACAAGUGAAGUAUUUCUACGUAAUUAUUUUAUUGAUAAAUUUUAUUCAUUUAAAAUUUUAAUAAAACCAAUUAAACAAAUAUUUAUUAUUAAAUUAAUAAUAAUUGAUUAUAAUAAUAAUUAUCCUAAUUUUUAUAAUCUACCAUUAAAUUUAUCAUUAUCAUUAUCAAAUAAAUUUUUAACAAAAUUUUCUUCAUAUGAUUAUGAUAUUAAUUCUAAUGAAAAUCUUCAUUAUUAUCUACUUAAUAAAAAUCAAGAAAAAAUUUUUUCUCUUAAUCAAACAAAUGGUAUAUUACAAUUUAAUAAUAAACAAUAUUUAAAUCAAACAAAUAUACAAUUAUAUAUUGGUAUAACAGAUCAUUUUUAUUUAACAAAAUCAUAUAUACAAAUUAAUUUUUAUAAUUAUACAAAAAAUUUACCUAAAUUUUCAUCCGAUGAAUAUAUUUUUUAUUAUGAUCCAAUACGAUCUAUACUUGGACAAAUAAAUGCAUAUGAUAAUGAUUUAAAUGAUGAAAUUUCUUAUGAAAUUUAUAUACAAUCAAAUGAUAUAUCAAUUGAUCGAUAUACUGGUGUAAUUAAAAUUGAAAAAAAUUUUUCACUUAUAAAAUCAUCUAUAGAAUUUUAUGCAUCAGCUAAAGAUUUAGCUAAACAAAUAAGUUAUACGAAAAUAAAAAUAAUCUAUAUAACAGAACCAAAAUUUCGUUCAUAUAUAUAUUAUAUAACAUUAAAUUCAAUAAAUAUAAAAAUUCCAUAUGAAUUAUAUCAAUUUGAUAUUGUUGAUUUAUUUAAUCAACCAUUAAAAUCUAUAAAAUAUCAAAUAAAAAAUCAAACAAAUAUAUUUGAUAUAAAUGAUAAUAAAUUAAUAUUAAAAAAUAAUUUAAAUUUAACAAAUAAUUAUUUAUUAAAUAUAAAUGCAUAUUGGAAAAAUUUUAUUAUACAAACAUUUAUACAAAUACAAUUUAUAGAAAAUUUUUUUAAAUUAAAUAAAAAUUUUUAUGAAUUUAAUAUAGAAAAAAAUUUUUUAUAUAAUCAUUAUCUUAUUGAAACAUUUAAUAUGAAUGAAAAUAUAAAUUUAAUUAAAAUUAUAUCAACACCAUUAACUAAAUAUGAUUGUAUAGAAAAUUUUUAUAUUAAAUUUGAUCAAUUAUUAUUUAAAACAUAUCCAAUAUUAAAUGAUUUAUGUUUUUUUGAAUUAAAUUUUAUUAAUUAUCAAAAUUUAACUAUUUAUUCAAGUCAAAUUAAAAUUAAUUUUAUUAAUUCAUAUUUAAAACCAAAAUUUUCAUCAAAUAUUUAUUAUUUUUAUUCAAUAAAAAAAGAAAAUCUAUUUCGAAUAUUUGCUUUUGGUUCAAAUUCAAUUCAAUAUAAAUUAGAUAAUAAUUCAUAUGGUUUAAUUAUUAAUCAAAUUGAUGGUUUAAUUACAUUUAAAUAUGGUUUUGAUUUAUUUAAAAAUAUUGAUUAUAUACAAUUAAAUGCUUAUGCUAUUGAUGAAAAAACAUUAUUAAAUGAUACUACUUUAAUUCAUAUUUCAUUUAAUGAAGAACAACAAUUUGAAAUACCAACAAAUUAUUCACAAAUAUCAUUAUGUCCUAAUGUACCGAUUUUACUUUUGGAUCAAAGUUUACCUGGUACAGUCAUUCAAGAUGUUAGUUUUGAUAAUAAUAGUAUUCCGUAUAAUUAUUAUAUUCUAUCGGGAGAUAAAUACGGUCUAUUUGCUAUAAAUAAUCUUGGUCAACUUUAUUUAACUUCACCAAUGCUUAAUAAAACAUCUGAAGAAUAUUUUGAAUUAACUAUUCUUAUAUCAUCAGUAUCAUCAUUACUCUAUUGUCGUACUAAUAUAUCAAUUAUUCGAACACCUAAUUGGUCAUAUUUUAUUUGUCCAGCAAUACCAAUUGAAUGGAUGAUUGAAGAAGAAUCUCCAAUAGGUACAAUAAUUGGUACAGUCAAAGAAAUUUUAUUAGAAAUAAAUAAUUCUUCACAAUUAAUUGAUCAAAUAUCUAUGAAAUUAAAUAAUUCUAAUAAUGAUGCACAAUCAUUUCUUCUUAAUUCUCAAACAGGUAUAAUAACAUCAAAUUCACGUCUUGAUUAUGAACAAAAAAAAUCUUAUUCAUUAUCAAUAUUACUUGAACCAAAUGAAUUAAAUUGUUUAAUAUUAAUUAAUAUUAAAUUAAUUAAUAUAAAUGAUAAUCCAAUAAUUUUUGAUUUAAAUUCAUUAAUAUAUAAUAUAACAGAAAAUAAUAUUUUUCCAUAUUAUAUUGGUUGUAUACAUUUAAUUGAUAUUGAUCAAUUAUAUUCUUAUAAUUAUGAAUUUUAUCUUAAAAAUAAAACUAUAACACAAAUUUCAAUUGAUUAUAUAACUGGUUCAAUAAUAUUAUAUGAUAAACUUGAUAGAGAAUAUCAUGGUUCACAAUUAGAAUAUGAUAUAAUAGCAAUUGAUAAUAAUAAUAAUAAUAAAGAUAAUAUAUUAACAAAUAAAUUAAUCAUUUUAAUAAAUGAUAUAAAUGAUCAUGGACCAAAAUUUGAUCAAAAUUAUUAUACAAUUAAUAUAAGUAAAUCACUUCGACCUGAUACAAUUAUAUUUCAAAUAAAUGCAACAAGUUAUGAUCCAAUUAUAAAUGGACAUAUAAUAUAUGAUUUAAUUAAUUCAUCGGAUUAUUUUUAUAUUAAUCAACAAACAGGUAUAAUUCGUUUAAAAAAAUAUCUUCUAUCAACAAUUAUGAAUUUUACAUUAUUAAUUAAAGCAUUUGAAUAUGAUAUUAAUUUAACUGAUUAUACAAAUUUAUUUAUAACAAUUAUUAAUGAUGAUAAUAUAUAUUUUAAUUUUAAUAAUAAUAAUAAUAAUAAUAUAAAUUGUUCGAUUGAAGAAAAUAAAAUUAUUGGUACAAAUAUUUGUACAAUUGGUUUUGAUUCAAAUGAUUUUAUUUAUGAAUUAAUUGAUCAUAUGAAUUAUUUUCAUAUAUAUAAAAAUAAUGGAACAAUUAUUAAUAAUAAAAUAUUUGAUUAUGAAAUUGAUCAACAUGAAUAUAAUAUUAGUAUUAUUGUUAAAGAUCGAGAAAAUCAGUCUAUUAUAUUAUCUUCACUAAAUCUAACAAUUUAUAUUUAUAAUAUCAAUGAUAAUAAUCCUGAAUUUCUAAAUAGAAAUUUAACAACAAUUCUUUAUUUAUUCUAUCCAUCAUUAAAUACAAUUAUUCAUACAAUUGAAAUCAUAAAUAAAGAUCAAUUAAAUUUAAAUAUUGAAAUUCUUAAUGAUACAUAUUCAUCAUAUAAACUUCAAACAUCAUUAAAUUUUGCUGAACUUAUUCUAAUUGAUUCUAUAUUUAUCGAUCGUGAAGAUUAUCUUAUUAUACGUUUAUGGAAUAAUAAUAAUAAUAUAUCUUAUUCUAUGGAUUUAUAUAUACAUUUAAUAUAUGCUCAACGUUCUAUUGAUUAUCCAAUAAUAAUUCCUCAAACAAUUGAUGGUUAUAUAAAUAUUGAUGAAAAUUUUUCAUUAAUUAAUUUUGGUCAAUUAUUUAUUAAAAAUCAUUCUGAAUAUAAAUUUAUUUAUUUUAAUUUAAAAUCUAAUGAAUAUUUUUUUCUUAAACAAUUAUCAAAUAAUCAAACUGAACUUUAUUAUAAUUCAUCAUUACAAAAAUAUUCUCAACAACAACAACAACAACAAAAAUAUCGUUUAUUACAAUAUCAAAUUGAAUUAAAUGUUAUUGCUAUAAAUCAAUCAAUACCAAUAAUAAAUUUUUCACAAAAUUUUAUAAUACAUUUUACAAAAACUUCAAAUUUAUUAUUAAAAACACAUUUAAUUGAUUUACAUUUAUGGCCUAUUGAUCGUGAAAUGUUAGAACGUUCAUUAUCAAUAAUAAUUAAUUUAAAUUCUCAUACAACAUAUGAACAAUUUAUUAUUUAUAGUUUACCAUUAAUACGUGAAUAUUUAUCUGAUAUAAUUGGUGUUAAUAUACGUCAUGUACAUAUAUAUACAUUUGAUUUAAAAAAUGAACAACAAAUUGAAUUACUUAUUGCUAUUAUACGUUAUCCAUCACGUUUACGACCACCACGUUAUAUACAUAAAAAAUUACUUUAUAAUGCAUUAAAAAAUAUAACAAAUUUAUUUGAAAAAAUUCCAAAUAUUAAAUCAAUUGAAAAAAUAUUUAUUAAUCAAUGUGAUUUUAAAUCAUGUGAAAAUAAUGGUCGAUGUACAAGUCAUAUUAAAUUAAUUAAUCAACAAUAUAAUUAUUUUUAUUAUAAAACAUAUCAACGUUUAAUACCUAAAUAUCAAUGGAAUAUUAAAUGUUUAUGUUUAAAUCAUUAUUAUGGACAAUAUUGUCAAUAUAAACAAAAUUAUCAAUCACCAUGUUUAUCAAAUCCUUGUUCAUCAUUAGAAAGAUGUAUUGAAGAAAGUUCAACAUUAUAUACAUGUCAAUGUAUUGAUGAACCAUGUAAUAAUAAUGAAAUUUUAUUAGAAAAUACAUUAGAUUGUAUUAAUAUUAAUUCACCAACAUGUCGAGAUUCAUCAAAUACUUUAACAUUUGAUGGUUAUAGUUUUGUUCGUAUGAAUAUGACAAUGAAUUUAACUGAACAUAUAAAUCUAACAUUCACAUUUCGUACUCAAGUUUCACAAGGAAAAUUACUAAAAUUAAUAACAUAUGAUGAAAAUAAUCAACAAAAUUUAUUAAUCAUUCAAAUAAAAGAUGGUUAUAUUAAUUAUCAAUUAAAUAAAAAAAUUCUUUUUCAAUUAAAUGAAAUAUUAAUAAAUGAUAGUUUAUGGCAUCAUAUUUAUUUUUCAAUCGAUUAUAUAUCAAAUAAUAAUAAUAAUAACUAUUAUUAUUAUUAUCAUAUACGUCUUGAUCAUGUAUUUAGUAGUAAAAUUCAUAUAUCACAAAAAAUUUUAUUAAAUGAAAUAAAAGAAUUUAUUAUUGGUAAUGAUUUUCAUGGUUGUUUAGGAAAUUUAACAAUAAAUAAUCAAAUAAUUUAUUUACAAAAACAAAAUAAUAAUCAUUUAAUUGAACAUAUUGGAACAAAUAAUGGUUGUCAAUUAGCUGAAAUUGAAACACGUACAUUAAGACAUUAUACAAUUAAAGAUGAUAUUUGUUCAUUAUAUCAUCCAUGUUAUCAUGGUGGUUUAUGUUUAAAUCAAAAUAAUAAAUAUGGUUUAAGUUUUACAUGUAAUUGUUUAAAACCACGAUUUUCUGGUCGACAAUGUCAAUAUGAUUUACAACCAUGUUUAAGUUAUCCAUGUUUAUUUAAUGAACAAUGUAUUUCAUCAUCAUCAUCAACAAUAGAUCAUUUAAAUCAAUCAUAUACAUGUAUAUCAUCAUUAAUUAAUUUACCAAUAUCAACUAGAAAUUCUUUAUAUAUUGGUUUAGCUUUAAUUUUUUGUACAUUUAUAUUAUUUUUUUUACUUUGUCUUUCGUUAAUUAUUUAUUGUCAACAACAACGAAAAGAUAAAAAACGAAAUGAAAAUAUAAAUCAUGAUAAACCAUUUGUAUCAGCACCAUUAUUAAUACAAAAAUCAUCACCAAAAACAACAAAUACAAUUGAAAGUCCAAUACAAACAUUAUUAAAAUUAAAUCAUAAUGGAAAACAAACAAUUGAAACUAUGGCACUUGUUGAUCAUAAUAAUCAUCAACAAACAAUAAUGAAUAAUUUUAAUGAUAAAGCAGUUAAUAAUCAUUUAAAUAAAUCAUCACAAUCAAUUGAUAAACAUCAAUAUCAAUCUCAUGAGUCAUUAAGUCGUCGUCAAAGUGAUCCGAAAUAUUAUUCAACAAUUGGAAGAAUGAAUAUUCCACCAGAUAAUUUUCUUAUUCAUUAUAAUAGUAUUGAUUAUGAUAGUACACGUAUGCCACUAGUUGAUCCACAAGCAACAGAUUUAUUUGAUUUUCCAGCAUCACCAACAAAAUAUUUCAAUGGUCAUAAUGAUGAAAAUCCUAAUACUUAUCAAACGGGUUUAAAUUCAUUGUCUAAUUUAACUGAAAAAUUAGCUGAACAAAAUGAUAUUGAUUUAACACAAUCAUCCAAUGAUUCAUCAAAUAAUGAACAAACAUUACUAACAUCACCAAUAAUAAAUAGUGAACGUAAACGUUCAUUAUUUAAUGGUGGUAGUACACAUAGUAUACGUGCAUCAACAUCAUCAUUACAAAAAGCACCUGUUUAUGCUAAAAUUAUUAAAACAUCAUCAAAACCAACAAAUAGUAGUGGUAUGAGUACAAUUGAACGUCUUCGUUUAAGUGGUUCACCACUUCGUCUUCUUUCAUCAUCACCAACAUAUACACGUACAACAUCAUUUUUAAAAUCAAAUACAAAUAAUGACAAUAAUAGUUUUCAAACAUCAUCAUCAUCAUCAAUAAAACAUAAUAAAAUCAAUACAACAUCAUGGAAAUUAAAUCCAAGAAAAUUAGAUAGUUUAAAAGCAAGACGUAAUAGUCGACAUACAGAUGAUGAUGAUGAUGAUACUAAUAAUAAUAAUAAUACGAAUAAUAAUGAAACAAGUCAAUUAACAAUGACAACAACGAUAAAUCGUUUUAGACAUGCAAGUGAUUCUGAUUUAACUAAAGAACAUAUGAACGGAAAGAAAUCAACUAAAUUAUCAUCUUUUUUUCAAACUGAAGUAUAG